UUUUGAAGACGCCUGAAAUUCGCUGACUAUCCAAACUGCAACUAUUUAAUUAAUACAACCACAUGUGAAAGUAAUGACUUGUGUUCUUAAGAUAUUCGAGUAACUAUCGGAAAGGACUUUCUUCAACAGUCAACAAAAACUUAAGAUGGAUGCAGUCUCAGGGAAAAAGGCACUCGAGGGAACAGGAUCGGUCACUGACCACACCUACUGCCAGCCAUGUGCGAACGAUGGCAAGAACAUCCCACCUGAUGCCUUCUGUACCGUCUGCAAGGAGUUCCUGUGUUCCAACUGUGCCCGAGUACAUAAGAACAUGAAGUUUACCAAAAGCCACGCCAUCCAGGACAAGAGUACCAUGCCUUCUUCACUCCAACCAGAGAGUGAAAAUAAGCAUUUUACGGAAACAUGUCAGCGCCAUGCCGAAGAGUAUAUAAAAUACUAUUGUCCCAAGCACGAGACACUUCUGUGUGGAGACUGCUUGGCUGAGAAAGAACACACCUUAUGCACUAUUGAAAAGAUUUCUCAAGUGGCAAAGCGGUACAAAGAAGGUGCAGAAUACAACAGCCUGAAAACAGGACUUGUCCAGACGGCGAGAGUCAUUGGCAAAUUGUCACACGACAUACAGGAGAUCAGGAAAUCAGUUGACGAAGAAAGCCUAACCAAUAUCAAUGAGAUUCGCACAUUCAGGACUGAAAUUAACCAGUAUCUGGAUAAAAGGGAAAACGAACUCUUGAUAGAAAUUGAUCAGAAGAAACGAACAUCCACGACACUGCUAAAUGAACUGAAAUAAAAAUGCACAAACAUGAAAUCAUCCAUUGAGAAACUAAAGUCGGAGCUACAAGCGCAGGACGACAACAGCAACCAGCUAUUAAUAGUAGGGAAGCGAGCUAUAAAAGAGCUGACAGGUAUCCAGGCAGCCAUGGAAGAGGUGAGCAGGAGGAGUGAAGUUCCACGAUACAAGUUUUAUAGGGACCCCGCAAUUGAGCAGUUGAUUGCUUCUGAAAAAGCAGUAGGAGGGUUGGACGAGGGCGAAUCAUCGUCGGCAUUAGCGCAGCAACAACGACAACCGCAAACGAAGCAGGAACAACGGCAACAGGAUACGAUGCAACAACAUCAAAAACAGAUGAAAGCUGUUUCCCAAAAAGGCGAAUCAACUUCGGCGGUAGGGCAGCUAGAACGACAACAACAUAAUAAGCAGCAGCCACGGCAACUCGAGACGAUGCAGCAACAACAAAAACACAUGCAAGGUGUAUCACAGAAAGCCCACUUCAGCAGCAGAGCAGACCUAAGCCGGGCCAAGUUCAGCAGACAGCCUGACAUUUCAGUGAAUACAUCAGGUGAUAGCAGUGACUGCUACCUGACCAGUAUGGCCCUCCUGCCCGGGGACAGGCUCAUACUGGCAGAUUACACUAAUUGCUCAUUGAAGCUGGUGGACACCGAGAAUAACAAGCUGGUGUCCAAUGUGAAGCUGCCAGGUGAGCCGUGGGACCUGUGUCUCCUGCCCGGGGAUAUGGCAGCCGUCACUCUGCCUGGUUUGAAGAAGAUACAGUUCGUAUCUACUCAGGGAAAUUUCACACUACAGGAAGUUGUUCAAGUAGAUGGACAUUGUUUUGGAAUGGAUUUCUGUGAUGACAACCUGAUAGUGUCCUUUACCAACCCAGGUAAGGUUGUGAUGAUGGACAUGAAGGGAAAGAUGAAGAAGAGUGUGGACAAAGACAGCAGUGGAAAACCUUUGUUUAUGUAUCCCAACUAUCUGACAGUGACCAGAGAGAGCCGAACUCCAGUCAUAUAUGUCUCAGACAGAGGCACCAACACCAUAGCCAAGCUGAGCAUGUCGCUAGAGGUGCUCCAGUCAUACCAAGACCCGAUACUGAAAUACCCACGUGGUCUGGCAGCCAUUGGGGACAACCAGCUGCUCGUGUGAGGGAUGGACAGUGAAAACAUCCUGUUACUGGACACGCUCAACGGCAAGAUAACCCAACUACUGGGGAAGGAAGAGGGGAUAGAGUGUCCAUACAGUGUGGCUUACUGUUCACUGAGGAAGAUGAUGUUUGUCACCUGCUGGCACUAUCGCAGACCUGAAUUGAAGAAUUUCGUGGAAGUAUUCAACUUAGUAUAGAUCAUGUCAGUCAGUUAGUAUGAGUGCAAUUUGUAUCAGGUGUGAAGUAAUUGUAAUGUUUAAGAAUAAUUCUACUGUAUAAUAUUAUACUGACAAUACGCAUACACAAUGCUUUAUUCACAUACCGCGCGAUUCAAUUACUGUCAAAGUAAUUGACUGAAACUUGACUUUUAAAUUAUUUUGAAUUCUUACAGUUUUCAUUAGUGACAAGUCGUGUAGUAAUGUGUCAUUAGAUAUACGAGUAUGAAAAUGUGUAUUAUUAAUUGAAAUGUUAGUAGCUGAUUGUGUAUGAAAUAUACCAACACGUUGGUUUCUUACUUUAAUCAAACAAUGUAAGUGUGUAAUAGAAUGAUUCAGAAUAUAGAUUAUAGAGUAACAGACACGCUGUGUCAUUUUUCAAUCAGUUUGUAUUUAGUUAAUAUGUUGUUUAUAAUGUGUUUAUUUUGAAAUUAAACAUACAUGUACGUGUCCUUAUAUAUGUAUAUUGAGUGAAUAAUUCUAUAGACAUUGACCUAAGUGUGUAUUGUUUCCAAAAAGAUGGAUUAAAUUGUUUGAACAGACAUUGACCAUAGUUAAAAUAGUUUCCUCAUAUAUGUAUUGAAUGAUUAAACAGACAUUGACCAAUGUGCAACUUGAUUCCUCAUAUAUUUA